GGCUCACUGUGUCCAUUUUUAGCUUUGAGCAGCGCCACACGCCUAUAAACAGCUAUUGUGCUGUUGCAUGAUGCCAACACCAGCAAGUGACAAGCCUCUUGCUGGCUUGUGGCAGCCUGACGACACUCUGCGUAACCUCCACUAUGGAGCAGGUUGCGUAGGGAACCAUUUGAUCUCAUGCCUACCCUCCCCGAAAUCAGGCGUAUUCAUAGCGACUUCCAACUCCAUAGUACGCAAUACGCCGCUCCUCGAGGAUCUCAAAGCCUUGCUUGGCCACCGCAUCGUCGGGACUUUUGCAGGCGUCAAGCAACAUGUUCCACUCGAAGGCAUUCUCGAAGCGGCUGAAAAAAUCAGACAUAUCAGUAAUCCAUUCGACGUCGUGCUUGCGGUCGGGGGUGGCUCGACCAUCGAUUUUGCGAAAAUGCUUGCAUCUCAUCUGACAAAGGAUUUCGACAUGGGUCGUAUUGCCAUUAUUGCAAUUCCCACCACACUGAGCGCCUGUGAGGCUUCUCCAGUUGGUUCCUACUCUAAAAAUGGCACGAAGUUAACCAUGUCGAACUCUUACACCGUGGUGGAUUCGAUUCUCUACGACCCUGAGUACUCACAAUACACGCCCAAGCGGCUUUGGCUUUCAUCGGGGAUUUGCGCUCUUAGCCAUGCUGUCGAGACUAUGUAUCAUCCAUUUUCUACAGAAUUUCCACGAAAGGCCUUGGCUUCCUGGGCUAUGAAGGUUCUGUUCGACGGAUUGCAGGAAGUCCACGAAAGUUACCCUGGCAGUCGUGACGCCAUGACGCGUCUGUUCCUUGCUACGUACGCCAGCAACUCGUUGAAAGGUAACAAUGUGGGCGGGCAAGAGGGCAUCUGUCACUUAUUCGCGUAUGCGCUGGGUAGCCCGUUCAAUAUUCCUCAUGCUGAAACCUGCUGCAUAACACUGGGGAAAGUCAUCAUAUACAAAGCCAAGCGCAGUGCUGGGGCAGCUAAGCAGAUCGCGCGACUGUUGCCUGCAACGGGUGAUCGCCUUGCAGGGAACGAUGUAGUCGACGCCUGUCAAGUCGGCCACCGCAUUAUUGCUCUUGUGAAUAAGCUCGGUUUGGGAGAGAACCUGUCACAACGUGGGGUUUCUCGUGACCAUAUAUCUGUCAUCGGUAAAUGUGUUGGACGUGCGUCAGGCCUGCAUCCUGAUGAGUGCCAGCCAUUGAUUGAUCUGGUGGAAUCGUUCUUCCAGUAAACCAGGGACAUCGAGAUAGAAAGGCUCAGAGUAAGAAGAGAAAGCAUUAUGUAUUCUAGUCAUUCUGGUCUAUUGUAAAACACUAGGCUGAGCUGUUCAUUAACUAAAGUACAGGGUAUGGA